CGCAUGCAUGCGAAACUAAAAUUUGUGUCCACAUGUGCCAUAAUUGUCCGUCACCCACCCUUAGACCUGCUAGCUGCGGCCAAAGAAUUCUCAAAGCAACUGUGGUCAUUGUCCGAUUAGGAUGACAAGGACUAGGCAGUGGACUGUCCAAUAUCCACAUCUCCAUAGUGGUAGGCCACAAUCCACAGUAGCUUGAUCGAUAGUAUAUAUACCGUACACGAAGGAAACUGUUUGGUAUCACCUCCAGCCCCAGGCAACGUCUUCCAAGAAAGCUCAAGUGCAUCACUAUGAAAUCUCAAAGUAAACGGUCUCAGCGUACUUCUCCCUAUCAGGUCGAAAAUGCUCCCAAGAGGAAAUGUAUGACAACUGGACAGCUUAACAUACUUGACCCUUAUUAUGCCAAAAACGAUCACCCUACGAAGGAUGAUAUCGAAUUACUGGCCAAGGCGAUUGAUAAAGUUAAGAACUGGUUCAAUAAUCGGCGCGCCAAAGAGGCUAGACUACAACGGAAUCCAUCGGAUAUGUUAUCGCAAUGCUUCUGGAACAUGAACAUUGAUGAUACCGAUGACUUGUCCGAUUCGGACGACAACGAUGACGAGCACGAGUCGGGUGAUGCCCAAGGUGCCCUAAACCAAGGGGGUCUGGACCAAGAAGUUCUUUAUCAAGAAGCCCGCGCCUGUGUCUUGGCCAUGGCCAAGAUGACACCAGAGGAAGUCAAUGCGGCGUUUAUUCUCAACAACCUCAAGCGACGAAUCAUUGUUCAUCCUCCCCAAAAAUGA